GGGCGGAAGUGACGUUGCGGCUGUUUGAAUGUGCUGAGGAGGAGGCGGUGAUAUGGAAAUGAGCAGCCAGCAGGGAGCUGUGUAGUCUGGGCAACUUUCAGUGUCACUUCUCGGUCCCGUCAGGAGCAGUGGAGAGGAAGCCGAAGCCCUCCAGUUGAGAUGAGUCUGCUUAUGAUAAGUGAGAACGUGAAGCUAGCACGAGAGUAUGCUCUUCUGGGUAACUAUGAUUCCGCCAUGGUUUACUAUCAAGGUGUAUUGGAUCAGAUGAAUAAAUAUUUAUAUGUCAAGGACACCUUCCUACAACAGAAAUGGCAGCAGGUUUGGCAUGAGAUCAGUGUGGAAGCAAAACAUGUGAAGGAAAUUAUGUCUACUCUGGAAAGUUUUAAGUUGGACAGCUCUCCAGUGAAAGCGGCACAACAUGAUUUUCCAGCUCAGGACGGGGAGGUCUGGUCAUUACCAGUGCCAGUUGAACGUAGGCCUUCACCAGGACUCAGAAAACGACAGUCUGCCCAGUUCAGUGACAAUCGUGUACAUAACAACCGCAUAAGUGUAGCUGGAAAAGUUGCAAAUCCCUCAUCUUCAAAAAAUUCCAAUAACCAGAAAGUAAAGCCUGCCAGAGCACGAGAGAAGAAAGAUCCACUGCAAAAAGUAAAAGAAAAGAAUAAGCCAUCCGCUGAUGAACCAGAGAAUGAGCCCAAGAGAUUUGAUGGUACUGGAUACGAUAAGGAUCUCGUAGAAGCUUUGGAAAGAGACAUCAUUUCACAGAAUCCCAAUGUUCGAUGGGAUGACAUUGCAGACUUGGAAGAAGCCAAAAAACUUUUGAAGGAAGCUGUUGUUCUGCCAAUGUGGAUGCCAGAAUUUUUUAAGGGAAUAAGGCGACCCUGGAAGGGUGUUCUGAUGGUUGGACCGCCAGGAACAGGGAAGACUCUCUUAGCCAAAGCUGUGGCAACAGAAUGCAAGACUACGUUUUUCAAUAUUUCAUCUUCUACACUUACAUCCAAAUACAGAGGAGAAUCUGAGAAGCUUGUCCGCCUUUUGUUUGAAAUGGCACGAUUCUACGCACCUACAACUAUAUUUAUUGAUGAAAUUGACUCCAUAUGUAGCCGGCGCGGUACCUCAGAAGAACAUGAAGCUAGUAGAAGAGUAAAAUCAGAGCUCCUAGUUCAGAUGGAUGGUGUGGGCGGGGCUUCUGAAAACGAUGAUCCAUCUAAAAUGGUAAUGGUCCUUGCUGCCACCAAUUUUCCAUGGGAUAUUGAUGAAGCUUUAAGACGACGGUUGGAAAAGCGGAUUUAUAUUCCUUUGCCAUGUGCUAAAGGCAGAGGAGAACUCUUAAGAAUAAACCUUAAGGAGUUGGAAUUGGCAGAUAAUGUUGACAUCGACACCAUAGCAGAAAACAUGGAUGGUUAUUCUGGGGCAGAUAUUACCAAUGUAUGCAGAGAUGCUUCUUUAAUGGCGAUGAGAAGACGUAUUGAAGGUUUAACUCCCGAAGAAAUUCGCAAUCUUUCAAGAGAUGACAUGCACAUGCCCACUACAAUGGAAGACUUUGAGAUGGCUUUGAAAAAAGUAUCUAAAUCUGUGUCUGCCUCAGACAUAGAAAAGUAUGAAAAGUGGAUAGAGGAGUUUGGGUCCUGUUAACUUGACUUUAAAACUUGAUUUAAAGAAGAAAACUAUCUGCCUCAAGUCUUAACUGGUUUCUUUAGUUUAUGUCCCUGUAGAGUUUGGCACUGGCUGCUUUAUUUUUUUAAAUCCUUUUGUAAACUGCCAUGAUUCUUAAAGUAAUAAAAAGCACUAUUUG